AUGGGGACCCAGAUAAGGACAACCGUGUACUCUGAGGAGAGGCCCAGCUGUCGAGUGAUUGUGAAGAGUAGGAAAAGGGGAGCUUCAGACUAUGGGGUCCAGAGCUGCCUGCUGGAGGGGCCACCAUCGGAUAUUGGACCUUGCUAUGAAAACCAUGGAUUCCAGCCGGAGCACCUCUAUCCCCCGCAGCAGGCUGUGCCUCCCAACCCCUAUGUAGAGUAUCCUGCUCAGUACUGCCCGUCCCCGGUGCCCCAGUACACCCCGAGGGUUCCAACGCACGCCUCGACCCCUGCUAUCCACAUGCAGCCCAAGUCUUCUUCGGGGACAGUAUGCACCUCAAGAACUAAGAAAGCAGUGUGCAUCACCCUCGUCCUGGGCGCCAUCCUCACGGGCAUUGCACUGGCGGUAGGCCUGCUAUGGAAGUUCUUGGAGAACACAUGCUUGGUGUCUGGGAUGGCGUGUGACUCCUCAGGGAUCUGCAUCAGCCCCUCUCUCUGGUGUGACGGGGUGUCAGACUGUCCCAACGGGGAGGACGAGAACCGCUGUGUUCGCCUCUACGGACCUGACUUCAUCCUUCAGGUGUACUCAUCCCAGAGGAAGUCCUGGUACCCCGUGUGCCAAGACAACUGGAACCAGGACUACGCAAGGGCAGCAUGCCAGGACAUGGGCUAUAAGGACAGUUUUUAUUCUAGCCAAGAAGUAGAGGAUAGCAGCGGGGCCACCAGCUUUAUGAAACUAAACCUCAGUGCGGGCAACACCGACCUCUACAAAAAGCUCUACCACAGUGACACCUGCUCCUCACACCUGGUGGUCUCCUUACGCUGUAUAGAGUGCGGGGCCCCCUUGCCAAGUCGCCAGAGCAGGAUCGUGGGUGGAUUGAAUGCUGACCUGCGGGACUGGCCCUGGCAGGUCAGCCUGCACGUCCAGGGUGUCCAUGUCUGCGGAGGCUCCAUCAUCACCCCCAAGUGGAUCGUGACGGCUGCACACUGUGUGGAAGAGCCCCUUAACCGCGCGUGGUACUGGACGGCAUUUGCAGGCAUUCUGAAACAGUCUGACAUGCUCUCUGACGUCGGGUACCCAGUACAGAAAGUGAUUUCCCAUCCAAAUUACGAUUCCAAGACCAAGAACAACGACAUUGCUCUUAUGAAGUUGCAGACAUCUCUAACUUUUAAUGAAAAUGUGAAGCCAGUGUGUCUGCCCAACCCUGGUAUGAUGCUAGAGCCCAAACAGCAGUGCUGGAUCGGAUGGGGGGCCACAUAUGAGAAAGGGAAGACCUCGGAUGUACUGAAUGCCGCCACUGUGCCCCUAAUCGAGUCCUCGGUGUGUAACAAUAAAUACAUCUACAACAACCUGGUUACAUCAUCCAUGAUCUGUGCAGGAUACUUAGAGGGGACCGUCGACUCCUGCCAGGGUGACAGUGGAGGGCCGCUGGUCACAUUGAAGAAUGGCAUCUGGUGGCUGAUUGGGGAUACAAGCUGGGGAGCUGGCUGUGCCAAGGCCUACCGACCUGGAGUGUACGGGAACGUGACAAUGUUUACUGACUGGAUCUAUCAACAAAUGAGGGCAUCUCCAAGGGCAGCUCCUCAGAAAGCUGAUGCCCACUGCCUGAUGGACCGAACAAACCUGACCUCAUGA